UGUCAAUCAUCUGUUGAUUUUAGUGAACAAAUCGCCAGCCGUUUGAUUGAGGUCUAAGUAGUCUACCGCACGAAAUGAUGCUCUUAUAGUACAACUAAGUAGUCCCUAUUAGGAUCAGGGGUUGCACCGUUUCCAGGCAUGGGAGAAGUAAACGCGGAAGAUGUUCUGUCCCAUUUGAAAGCUGUUUUCGAAGCUUGUGACCAAAAUGGCGACGGUUUUGUGAAGACGCAGGAUCUUCUAAGCCUCGGCCAAGAACACGCUAGUGUUGGAUUUGAGGAGAUAAAAAUUCUGAUCGAAAAGCUCGAUCCUGAAGGGUUUGGGCAGAUAAGCUUUGAUGGGUUUUGUAAAGGAAUACACGAUUUUUUAGGGGCCAAUGGUGAUGUCAAUAAUGUAAAUGAAAAAAAUUCGCACAAGUUAGUGGAAGAUGAUUCUUUCCCAAGACUGACAAUAUCUGUGGUGGAAAACGACCAACAGGAAGAUAGCUGCUGCGAGAGAGACAGUACUUACAGUACAGCAUCCACAAAUGAGUAUAAUGGUGACGACGAUGACAAUUUCCAAGAUGAGCCGCAACCUUCAAAGUUCAGUCGUAAUCAAAAACAAUACUCUACGUUCCCACCCCCCACAGGACCUCGGUUAAAACACCGUGCAACUUUACCAGCCAUGAAUGUUGAUAUGUAUAGUGAUAGACAUUCACACUCAGAUACCAGUGAGUAUCAGUCUGAAGAAGGAUUUGAAGGAUUUGGAGAAAGCUUCAGUGAGGAUACAGCAUUUGAAGAUACUCCAACUUUACAAAGGGACCAUCCAUAUUCUGAACGCAUCCUAAGAAAAAGAUCAUCAGCUGCAGCAGCUGCAUUUUCAAGCCAUCAUAUGCAUCUUUAUAAAUGUCACUCGGAAAAUCCCAGUAGACAUAACAGUUUUGAUGACCUGAUGGUUGAUCGAGCACUGUCAGAUAGUGAGGCAGGGACUUCAAUGUUUCUUCUAACAGAGUUAAAAAGACUGUCUUCACAAGUGUCAUUAUUACAAGAAGACCAUGCAAUGCAAACAGAUAAACAGAAUAAAUUUAGAGAAGAAAACAAAUUAUUAUGUACAAGAAUAAAUGCAUUAGAAGAACAACUUGAGACUCAAAAAGUUUCAACAGGGAAGCAAGUAGAAGAAGAAAGUUUGAGAUAUAAAACAGCUUUGAUCAAAUUAGAGAGAGAAAAUGAACAAACGUUAGAAACACUUAACAGAAAAUUACUUCAAGCUGAAGAGGAAAUAGAACUUCUUAAAAAAGUGGAGCCUAUGUUAAGAAGAGAACUUGAUUUAUGUCAUGAGGAUAAAAGAAGGCUUCUAAAACAAAUAGAUAGCCUUGAACUUCAACUUCAAAUUAAAACAGAUGAAGUCACUGAGCUGAAAGGGAAGCUAGAUGCUGAAAGUAAGGGACGACUAGAAGAUCACCAUGAACAUGACCAGGAGCUUGCACUAGUCUCUGAGCAACUUUCAGUACUGGAAAAGUAUAAGCAGGACGUAGAUCACAAAUUGAAAGACUUUCAAAAUAUGGAACAGCAGAAGACAGACUUAGAAAGACAUAUUCAGUCACUGAUAAAGGAGAAUUUGAGCUUGAAAAAUUCAAAAGAAGAGCUCAAUGUACAAUUACAACAGGAUGGGUUCUUUGGUGCUGAACAGAAAGGAUCAUUGGCUGAUGAACUUGUCACAGCUGACAAAGAAAAAAUCAUCAACGCUCUUAGAGAUCAAGAGGAAGAAAACAGAAGGCUAAGAGGUUAUCUGGACGGAUUAUUGAUGAUGAUCAUGGAACAUAAUCCUGCCCUCCUUGAACUGCGAUAAGGCUUCCUGGCACCUAGUUUAAAGCAUACGUAUCAUUUGUCAUUGUUAACAGAUACACAGUACCAUGCACAUUGUGGCAAAAUAGAUGUUGAAUUUUAUAUUUGUAUGACAAGGGUUGAAAGGUAAUAAUUAUGAACAAUUUUAUGAAAGACCUGACACCUUAGUGUUAGUCUAUUAUGAGUGUAUUUAUAUCCAGAGAGCAAAGUCUAUUUUUAUCUUUCUCAAGUCAUGUCUGACAGGCGUGGCUACACAAAGUGGCCAUGCAAUCUUUUGGACUUGGCCUUCUUUGCAUUCAAGAAAGAACCAGAAACUAGAAGCACUUUUUAUUUAUGUGGCUAACUUGUUUAUUUUGGUGGAAUAUCAUUCAGAGAAACAGAAUCCUGUAUUCCUGUUUUCUUGCAUAACAUCAAUGCAGAGCAUUUGCCUCAAAAAGAAUCACUCGCACACCUUGAAAAGGAGGGAAAGUGAUGUUUGAAGACAAUUUUGAUUGAGGGAGACCCUGAAUAUAAAAGACUGCAUUUUUGAGUCACUGUGGAUAUCUGUGCCAUGUAAGACUGUACAAAUAUGCAAGGAAAGAAAAACUUUAAAGAGUGAUGACUGCUCACAAGUUUCCCGAAAUUGUGAGUGACUGAU